AUGGAACACCACCACCACUACCGCCGCCGCCACCUCAGCCCCGGCAGCCAGCCGUUCUCCGACCGCGUGUCCCGCGCCGUGUGGCACCGCCUCCGUCUUCUCCACCGCGCAGACCCCCUCUUCUUCGUCCUCGGCUCUUCCGGCAACGUCUACACGGUGGCUGUCUCGGCCGUGCCCUCGUGCACGUGCCCUGACCGCGGUGCCCCGUGCAAGCACCUCCUUUUCGUCCUCAUCUGUGUCCUCGGCCUCCCGCCGGACGACCCCUGCCUCGGGCGGCGAGCCCUCCGCCCCUGCCACCUGUCCCGUCUGCUCGCCCGGCCUACCUCUGCCGGCGCGCUAGCUGGCUCCGCCCUCAGGGAGAGGUUCCGAGAGAUCUUCUUCGGCGGUGGUGGGCCGAGGCCGGCGCCGGCACCGGAGGUGAGCGGCGGUUGUUGCCCGGUGUGCUUGGAGGAGAUGGGGAGGGAGGAUAGGGUGGUGGCGUGCGGGACGUGUAGGAAUGUGAUACACGAGGAGUGUUUCUUGUCAUGGAAAAGGAGCUGCCGGAGGAGGUCGGCCACCUGUGUGCUCUGCCGUGCAAGGUGGCGGGGCGGCGGGGACCGGGAGAAGUAUCUUAAUCUGUCGGCCUUUCUUAGUGAGGACGAUGACGUGGUGGGUGGGGAAAUUCGGCGCUGCAGUAUUUGA